AUGCGAGACAGCAGUCUUCAGUGAUUCACAAGCAAGAGCACUGAAACAGCGUAGCAAUAACGGGACGGGAAGGAACACAUAUUCCACAAGGACAUGCUACUGCCCUAAAAAGUACAGUCGCUUACGAACGUCACAGCCGAACAUUGAUAAGGAGCCAUGAUUCCGGUUACAGAGUUCCGUCAGUUCACUGAACAGCAGCCCGCGUUCAGGGUACUGAAGCCAUGGUGGGACGUGUUCACAGACUACCUCUCGGUAGUCAUGCUGAUGAUCGGUGUGUUUGGAUGCACUCUGCAGGUGAUGCAAGACAAAAUCAUCUGCCUUCCACAGAGAACGUCUUUGCCAAACCAAUCGAUUCUAAUGCAGAAUAACAAUGAGUCUGCAAUGGAGUCAUCUCUACCCACCGCCACAAAUCUAUCUUAUCUGCCGAAAGAAAUGAAGGGCCUCAAGUUCAACCUUGACCUCCAGCAGUACAGCUUCAUCAAUCAGAUGUGCUAUGAGAAGGCUUUGCACUGGUACGCCAAGUACUUUCCAUACCUAGUCCUCAUACACACAGUCAUAUUCAUGGUGUGUAGCAACUUCUGGUUCAAAUUUCCAGGCUCUAGUUCUAAAAUAGAGCAUUUUGUCUCGAUCCUGGGUAAAUGCUUUGAUUCCCCCUGGACCACACGGGCAUUGUCGGAAGUUUCGGGUGAAAACCCAGAGGAAAAGGACCCGAAACAGAACCAGGGCAGCAAAUGUGACAUAAACGACUCGGUUGUAGAGGCCAGUUUAGAGAAGGCACAGUCCCUCAAGUCUAUCCCAGAGAAGAUUGUGGUGGACAAGCCUUCAGCAAGUGUCCUGGAGAAGAAAGAAGGUGAACAAGCCAAAGCUCUGUUUGAGAAGGUCAAGAAAUUCCGCUUGCACGUGGAGGAAGGAGAUAUCCUCUACAUGAUGUAUGUUCGUCAGACUGUGAUCAAGGUGCUAAAAUUCCUUCUUAUAAUUGCGUACAACAGUGCUCUCGUGUCUGAGGUACAGAUCACAGUUAACUGCAAUGUGGAUAUACAGGAAAUGACAGGCUACAAGCAUUUCUCGUGUAACCACACCAUGGCUCAUCUGUUCUCCAAGCUUUCGUACUGCUACUUGUGCUUCGUGGCUGUCUAUGGAUUCACGUGCCUUUACACAUCCUACUGGCUGUUUUACCGCUCUCUCAAAGAAUACUCCUUUGAGUAUGUGAGGCAAGAAACAGGCAUUGAUGAUAUUCCAGAUGUGAAAAAUGACUUUGCUUUCAUGCUUCACAUGAUUGACCAGUAUGAUCCCCUGUAUUCGAAACGGUUUGCCGUGUUCCUCUCCGAAGUCAGUGAGAACAAACUUAAACAGCUCAACCUCAACCACGAGUGGACAGCGGAGAAGCUGCGUCUGAAAUUGCAGGUCAACUCCAACAACAGACUCGAACUCCAGUUGUUUAUGCUGUCUGGGCUACCGGACACUAUAUUCGAGGUGACCGAGCUCCAGUCGCUGAAGCUGGAGAUCAUCAACAACGUCACUAUUCCCGCCUCCAUAUCCCAGUUGGAGGACCUCCAGGAGCUCUCGCUGUACCAGUGCUGCCUAAAGGUGCACACAGCAGCCAACUCCUUCCUGAAAGAGAACCUCAAAGUGCUUCGAGUGAAGUUUGACGACAGCAGGGAGCUGCCUAAUUGGUUCUACGGCCUACGCAACCUGGAGGAGCUCUACCUGAUUGGUUCACUAAGUCCUGAUACCACCAAGGACAAGACUGUCACUCUAGAGUCCCUGCGAGAGCUGAAGUCUCUGAAGAUUCUGUCUCUCAAGAGCAACUUCACCAAAAUCCCCCAGUCUAUAGUAGACGUAUCCCAUCAUCUGCAGCGUCUCUACAUCCACAACGAUGGCACCAAGCUGGUCAUGCUGAACAACCUGAAGAAGAUGGUGAAUCUCAUCGAUCUGGAACUAGUGCAUUGCGAUCUGGAACGUAUCCCUCACGCUAUCUUCAGCCUUUCGAACCUACAGGAACUGGAUCUGAAGGAGAACAACAUUCGCUCCAUAGAGGAGAUCAUAAGCUUCCAGCAUCUGCGUAAGCUAACGUGCCUCAAGCUAUGGCACAACAGCAUCGCCUACAUCCCGGAGCAUGUCAAAAAGCUUGGCAGCUUGGAGCGCCUUUACUUUAGCCACAACAAGAUUGAGAUAUUGCCCUCGCACCUGUUUUUAUGCAACAAGUUGCGCCAUCUUGACAUGUCAAACAACGACAUUCGCUUUAUCCCUCCAGAGAUCGGCGUUCUUCAGAGCCUACAGUACUUUUCUGUCUCGUGCAACAAGAUUGAGAAUCUCCCCGAUGAGCUAUUUUUUUGCAAGAAACUGAAAACCCUCAAGUUGGGUAGGAAUACCCUGUCCUUGCUGUCACCAAAGAUUUCUUCCCUGGUUCAGCUGACACAUUUGGAGCUCAAGGGAAACCAUUUUGAGGUCCUCCCACCAGAGCUUAGCCUCUGUCGGGCCUUGAAGCGCAGUGGCCUUGUGGUGGAAGACCUCCUUUUUGACACAUUGCCUUCUGAUAUCAGGGACCAAAUGAAGGCGGAGUGAUACUGCCUUUUGUCUUAGAUCUUAAGUGCCGACUGUCUUAAUCCGACAGUACAAUCUGACAAUGGUAGUUUUUACUUAGGACAUGAAUCAUCAACAAACUCAAGUACUACAUCAAUUGUUUAGUUUGAAUUCGAAUGAACUAUGUUUUCGUUGUGCACGUUCAAAACAAAACAAAUCAGAUUCAUUGUUUCCGUGGAUUUCAACCACAGUAUAUGAAGGUUUUUGUAGUGGCAUUUAGUUUUUUAUUUUUAUUUAUGACUUCAUUUUCUUACGGUUAGAUUUUCUAGUAAAUUUCAAUGAACUGUCAUUGUGCUAUAUUUAGAAUGACAACAUGUAUUGCAUUUGAAUUCUAGAGAGCACUAGAAUCUCUGCCUAUUCCAAGCUUCUUCAACUCCAAAUGUAGUGACGGUGGUACGAAAUCACCGUGGUGACGAAGGCAGCCGCGGUGUAUUCAUACUUAUCGUAUGCCCUUCUCCUUUUCAAACUAAUAAUGCAUAGUAUUUCUAAAAAGGUCAAGUUCCUAAAACAAUCUAAGCUUACAGUACAUUGGACUGGGAAUUCCAAUUCCAAUAUACAGUAUCUCCUUCACGCAAAGCUUAACCAAUAAACCGUGUCUGUGAUGUUGUUUACCAUGAUGAAUAUCGUUAGUAUAUAGUUAGGAUUGGUAUUAUUAAUUUUUCAAGACGUUGUGUUAUUUCCAAAGUGGUCUUUUUUCAAUGAAAAAAAAAGAAAGAAAAACCAGUCAUCAAAUUAAUGUCUGUUUCUCUGCUCAGGGAGGCUCUAAUAAACUUAAAAGUGACUCUAAAAAUCGAUCUGUUCCUUUUCAUCAUGAGGUUUUGUUUUAUUCAAUCACAUUAUAGCUGCAUAGCUAAAUAGACCAGCCAAAUGAUGACACCUGGAUUGACAGAUUAAUUCAAAUAUAAGCCAUAUGCUUAAAUUCAAUUCACUUUAUUGAUCCCAAAGGAAGUUCCAUGUGUAUGUGCAUUGAAAUGUAUCCAAUUCGUAUAGUUCCAUGUCAACUUUGGUGGAGUCUGCUUCCAACAUCUGCUUGAUAAGGGAAACUAAACGAGUCAAAAUAGAACCAGAAAUGUGGGCUGGGCUGGGGUGGGGAUGGCAGCGACCAACCAGCACGAGAGUAGGUUGUAAACGCGCAUGUCUAUUAUUAGCAGAGUUAAAACCAGCAGCAGCUGAAGCUUUGCAGCGUCGCCUGCAGGGUCCAAGAAGUAUUUCUGGAAUUUUAAAUCGAUUGGCAUAGGCACCGUGCGCGUGUGUGCAAAUACUCUUGUCAACAGACAACGCGCCAGCUGUCACUUGGAGCGCUUCAUGAGUCAAUCAGCUGAAAAUGUGCUCCGCCUAAUAUCAAUGAAAGAUCAAAAACGUUUCCUUUUUUUCUCUCCCUGUAUGUAAAGCUUAACCUGUAAGGUGCAAGGAUAGUGAUGUUUUGUACCGUUUUUAUACAAUUUUCUGUUAGUUUUUUUCUUUGUCAAGGAAUAAACAGCUGCUUUAACAGUU